AUGAUGCCAAUGUGGAGGAGGUUUCAAAUCACCACAGCCCUCAUCGUUACUACCCUCGUGAUCCUUUCAUAUAUAUUCUUGGAUAUCCCAACUAUCCCCUCAAAAGCACUCCUAACAUUAAGCCCUAUCCAAUUGAGACGUCGACCGCUAAAAUUGCAGAACUUUGUGGUGGACAGUGGUCGCACCGAAAAGAAACGUCAAAGACUUCCAAAUUUGGAAAAACUCACCUGGCCAGAACGGGAAUUCUUACCACUUCCGGUGGGCGCUCCGGUUACCCGUCAAUUGUCCUUCGAAGCCCAAUUCAGUCGUGGACAAAUGCGCACCUUGUGGAAGCUGUUCAACCUAUUUACAAAUGUCAUGGAGGAACUCGGUUUCAGUGACAGGGAGGUCAGACCAGCAUUGUGGAAGAAGAUGUGCACCCUCAUGCCAAAUUAUACCAUCCAGCAAUGUGGUCAAAGGGACAAGAUUUCUGCAAAAUUAAUUGUGCCAGCCAAUACACUGCUGGAUGUUGAAGGCAGUCGCAAACUUAGCAGCUAUAAUUGGUCGUGGCCCUCUGUUGACAUUGGUUAUUACUAUUUGUCUAACGUCACCCACAUCACUGAAGUUGCACCGUCCUAUGGACGAUACUACAGCUACCCAAAGUCGGAUGUUUUCCCACUGCUCUUCAGACCAUUUUACAAAACCUGGGUUCCAACGCCAAGAAACACCUUUGCUUUUACACUGCAAACUUACCCUGGGAGCAUAAAUUGCACUUCUUUAAUUUGGUCUCAUGCCUACGAGAGUCAUUUAAAGGGACGGACAGUAGCUUGUGUCGACCUGUCGAAGAGGUAUGCUUUUGUCGAGCGCAGCCCUCUCUUCAGUCCUAUCCAAGCAGAUUACAAAUGGUUAAAAGAAUUGGAUUGGGUCCGCGAAAGACUGGUACGCGGUGGCAAGGUCAUACACGAAAUCAGCUUGGUUGCACCGCGAGGAGAAGCCUACGUAGACACCUACAAGCUGUGUGUGAAGUCGAAGCCGUGA